AUGUGGCUCGAAAAUGUUGCGGAAGUUCAAAAUAUGCUACAAAGAAAUUCAAAUUGUGUCAACGAUAGGAAUCGCAAACUUCAAACACCUCUGCAUUUUGUCGUUUCCUUGAGUAAUGUAUCAUCCAUUUAUAGACUUCGAAUCAUGCAAUUGUUAAUAGAAUAUGGAGCAGAUGUCAAUGCGCGAGAUGAUAAUCUUGAGACGGCAUUGCACUUAGCAGUGUAUUACGAGCGGGUCGACGAAGUGAAGUUGUUGCUGGAAAAUCACGCUGACCCGAACAUUGAAUUAUUAUUUGGAGAAACGAUUCUGGGUAUUGUGGUACUAAAAAACGUUGAAAAUAUCUUAGAGUUGUUAUUAGAGUACGGAGCAAAUCCUAAUAUUAUGAAUGAUGAAAAUGAGACGCCACUUGACAUGGCUAUCAGAAAUCGUCAAAUUAAUUUUGUAGAGAAAUUGGCAGCAUCUGGUGCAAAGUGCAACAAUAUUUACAAAAAACUUUUAAAAUUGUGUACCCAAUGUUCGACACCACGCUACGAAAACUACGUCAUCGAGUACGUACUUAAACACGCGGCUCACCUAGACGUGCACGACAAAUUUUCGCCGAAAGCUUUACUGUACUACGUCAUUUCGAAAAAUCAUCACAAGUCCCACAAAGAUUGCCUUCUCUUUAAGUUUCUGUGCGAACAAGACAUCGAUGGUGGUGAUGAUUACUCCGGUGAUCUGGAUUUGCAUCGAGCUGUUAGGCAUAAUAACAAAAAAGCAGUCACUGCUCUUCUUCAGGAAAACACCAAUGUCAACACCAGAAAUAUUUUCGGUGAUACACCGCUACAUUUGUCGUUAAGAGUAGAAGAAUCUUCAAAUAAUAUUAGCAGCAUUACCAGACAGCUCAUUAAAUUUGGAGCGGACAUUUGGGCUAAAAAUUCUAUCAACGAAACACCAUUUUUAAUAGCUAUGAAACAAAAAAAUAUAAACUUAUUGAAUUACAUGCUGCUGAAAGUCACCAAAGUCGAAAAGCCAACAGUUAACGAUGAAACUUUUGGUUUAGGCAUUUUUUACUACAUAGAUAAAGUACUUGAUCUAUUCGAUGGCAAUACUUCCUUUCAAGAAAUGUUUGUCGCUCAUCUGCUCGACAUGUGUCCCGUGCCAAGAAUAAAUAAUUUUCAAAAUAUUGACAGAAUACUAAGAAAAGCAUUCGUGCUCCAAAAGUAUGGAAUCAUUCAAUUACUUAUCGAGGCUGGCUUUCGAACUGAUAGGUUGGCUAAUGUAUUAAGAUAA